AUGAACCCUGCCAAGCUCAGGAGCCGCACAGAAAAUCAGUUCAAGGAAGAGCAAGAAAUGGAAAAUUUGGGGAAAAAAGCUUGGGAUAAUCCUGCUUAUGAUGGUUCUCCAUCUCCAAAGAUCAAAGCCAUAUACAAUCCCAAAACUAUUCUGGAAAAUCCAUAUGACAGUAUGGACCACUUGGGGGACCCACCACCUUACCAGGAAGAAAGGAGAACUAAAAGGGGCAAUUUAUGUUCAGAAUUCUGUUCCAACAUUGUCCGAGGAAUAAGAGGGCUUUGGGGAACAACUUUGACUGAAGAUACUGCAGAAAACCGGGAGCUGUUUGUCAAAACUACACUGAGGGAGCUGCUUGUCUAUAUUGUCUUCUUGGUGGACAUGUGUCUCUUGACUUAUGGGAUGACGAGCUCUAACACUUAUUAUUACACCAAUGUGAUGUCCAACCUUUUCUUGUUUACUUCUUCCGAUACUGGGGUCACGUUCCAGAGUAUGAACAGCAUGAAUGAUUUUUGGUCGUACACACAAGGACCAUUAUUAGAUGGUCUUUACUGGACCAAAUGGUACAAUAACGCAACUCUAGAUAACAACCAACAUUCAUUAAUUUAUUAUGAAAACUUACUUCUCGGAGUACCGCGGAUGCGUCAGCUGAAAGUGGAAAACAACUCCUGUGUGGUACAUCAGGACUUUAGAGAUGACAUUUCUGGGUGUUAUGAUGUGUAUACAAAGGAUGAAGAAGACAGGAAUCCAUUUGGACUGGUUAAUGGAACAGCGUGGACAUAUUUCACUGAAGAUGAGUUGGACGGUUCAUCACACUGGGGUAAAAUAGCAACCUAUAGUGGUGGAGGUUAUUAUCUAGAUUUUGAGAUGACCAAACAGGACACUUUAAGGAGUCUGCAAACACUGAAAAAAAAUCUGUGGCUGGAUAGAGGAACUCGGGUGGUCUUUAUUGAUUUUUCAGUGUACAAUGCCAACAUCAAUCUAUUCUGCGUAUUAAGGCUUGUUGUGGAAUUUCCAGCAACCGGUGGUGCAAUACCAUCUUGGCAGAUCCGUACCGUGAAGCUCAUUCGAUAUGUCAGCAACUGGGACUAUUUCGUUAUUGCCUGUGAAAUUGUAUUUUGUGUGUUCAUCUUUUACUAUGUGGUGGAAGAGUGUCUGGAGCUGAGAAUACACAGGUGCAAAUACUUCACUAGCAUCUGGAACAUUUUGGAUGUUGUCGUUAUACUGCUUUCUCUUGUAGCCAUUGCAUUCCACAUCUUCCGAACUCUGGAGGUAAAUCGGCUUAUGGGGUCCCUUCUGGAACAACCCAACACAUAUGCAGACUUUGAAUUUCUGGCUUUUUGGCAGACCCAGUAUAACAACAUGAAUGCAGUUAAUCUGUUCUUCGCUUGGAUUAAAAUCUUUAAAUACAUUAGCUUCAAUAAGACAAUGACACAACUUUCAUCAACUCUUGCUCGCUGUGCUAAGGAUAUUCUUGGCUUUGCGAUCAUGUUCUUCAUAGUUUUUUUUGCCUAUGCUCAGCUUGGAUAUCUUCUUUUUGGCACACAAGUGGAAAACUUUAGCACAUUUGUGAAGUGCAUAUUUACCCAGUUCCGAAUCAUCUUAGGAGAUUUUGACUAUGACGCUAUUGACAAUGCUAACAGAAUUUUAGGACCAAUUUACUUUGUAACCUACGUAUUUUUUGUCUUCUUUGUGCUGUUGAACAUGUUUUUGGCCAUCAUCAAUGAUACCUACUCAGAGGUCAAAGAGGAACUUGCAAACCAGAAGAAUGAGCUACAGUUUUCUGACAUCUUAAAGCAGGGUUACAAGAAGACAAUGAUGAAGCUUAAGCUAAAGAAGGAACGGAUUUCAGAUGUGCAGAAAGCAAUACAGAAUGGUUCUAAAGAAGUGACAUUUGAAGAAUUCAAGAACAGUUUAAAAGAGAUGGGUCAUGAUGAUCAUGAAAUUACAACAGCCUUUUCCAGAUUUGACCAGGAUGGUAACCGGGUUCUUGAUGAAGAAGAACAGAAGAGGAUGAAAAAUAUUCUGGAGGAAAAGAGGCUGGCUCUGAAUGCUGAAAUUGAGAAUCUGGGAAGAUCAUAUGGCAGCAAGGCUCUGGAUGAAGGGAUCAACGUAUCAGACAUAAAGAACAACCUUUCUGCCAACGCCAACCGGGUGUCGCAGGAGGAAAUCAACACAAUUAUGAGACGACUUCAGCAACUUGAAAUGUCCAUUGGUGGAAUAAUGAGAAAAGUUGAAACGGUGGAGAUGAAACUGGAGACGAUGGAAACAAACAAGAUGAAACAGACAAACCUGGUAGACAAUCUACAGAACAAUAUAGCAAAGGAGAAACAUCUUAGCCAGGAUGAAAUUCUACAACAGAAGGAAGGCUGGGAGUCUGAAUACAAACCGCAGAACAUCAUGGAACCAUCAUACAGGAACAGUAAUGCAAUGUAUCCAAAUAUAAACGGCUCACAAAACUCCUUGAAUUAA